AUGGCGCUUCCCAAUCUCGUUCUGGUUCUCUUGUUACCCUUCGCGGUGCUUGCGGCCCUUCCUUUUGCCAUAUUUGCUGCUUUUACCUCGAUACUCGCCUUCUUCGUCUUGUGGCUGCAGUUGAUAUGGGCCAACUUCGCAGUGCUCCUGGAAACAUUGCGCUACGUUUUCUUGGGCCAUGGCCGGCCACGACACUUUGUACCAUCGCCUUCGGAAAGUCGACGGUCUAGUAGACCGACUUCACCAACCAUGUCACCUCCGCUAUCCCCGGAAGCCUUGUCACCGAAAAGCUACAGGCUGCGGAGGCGUACUGCAAGCAUUGGAAGCAACGGAGCAAUAGCCAGCGGGCAUUACGGCGGGCAACUGUUGACGACAAGCAGUGCCCUGGACAGGGACUAUGAGGGUCUCGGGGGCUGGAGAUUACAGGACGGCAGGAACGCGGCCGACGAGAAGGCCUGGGAGAGUCUGAAUUCCCGCUUUGAGGUGCCCGACCAUCACCGCCAUCACUACCGCUCGCAAACACAUUCCGGCGCGCCAGCCGGAGCUUGCCGUGUUGGAUCUAGCAACGCGUCCGGCGCGAGGUCCAAUCCCCAUAGCCCCGAGAGAGUCACACUGGCAAUAGGGUCGAAUUCACAUAGCCCCAGAAGUAGGACGCCCUCGCGUGCCAAAGUCGAGCCUUUCACCAACGUGGACCAAGGGUCUUAUUUUCCCCCAUUCACCUCCACGCAGCCUAGAAAGAUCGCCACAUAG